AUGCUCCACACAAACUGCAAUGGAGCUGCCGAAACCGACCGAUGGGUCUUGACGAAGAACCCUAGAAAGCUUGAGCCGGAUCAAGUGCGAGACAUCAUCUGCGUUUUCCCUCAAGGGUUCAAGCAUCAAGAGAGACAGCCUCCGGGCUCUGGAAUCACGGCCGUGCUGCCUGGCGUGUACACGCCUCUGCCACCUGCCCUGGGUAUCACCGUUCACGAGCGUGAUCCAGCCCUCCAUAUUAGUCUCAUCGAUUUGCAAGAGCAGGCUUCCAGGGACAUUGACUGUCAAUCUUCGAUCCCGUCCAUAAUUAUCAAAUUGGACAAAACCAACAUGUACUUUCCAGUCAAGUCGCUCCUCGCCCAGUUGACUCCCCCUUCCGGUACAAACAGCAUUUCAGCUUCGCCCGAUAUUUGGUUCACGAUUGCCCAGCAUGAGAUCAAGGAUGUAUUGGCACUGGCGUCUUCUGCCAUCAACAAAUUGCCGGCCUCUGCACUUGCUGAACUUCUUACAGUCGGUGACAUCAUGCUGGAUUCUGGCGAUGCGUGCCACAGAUGCUCGCCGACCGCUCCAAAGCCCCUUCAUCACUGGGAUGCGGAUGGUAGCGUUGUACGAAUCGAGAACGAGGCAGUGGCGACUCAAGCGGAGCAGGCUAUGUUGCGACGACCAGCUCCUCUCGAGAUUCAGGCCCGACUGGAGCCGAGUGAAGCUGAUGGAUACAACGUGUUGAGCAUGAGGAUUCUGCUCAACCCAGCGUCGCUCGCGCACCGGGCGCAUGGUUACUUCCCGGUCGACAAGGACAUCAUGUCGCCGAUGGUCCGCUCAACUCGCGGGAGUAGCAAUUUCCGUGUGGAAAUGGACUACUUCGAGCCCAGCCUGAAGGGGUUGCCCCCCUUCAAGAACAGCAUGGGCGCUGUUCAGGCAGGACCCUAUCCUCCCGGGGGCUUCUUUCAGCCGCCCCAUUUUCUGCAGAAUGGAAUGAUGCUACGACAAGAUCAAGUCGAGGCUUGUCAGUGGAUGAGGCACCGCGAAAAGGACGAACCGUUCACUGAAAGGGAAUUCGAGGAGCGUGUUCUUCCAUCUGUGAACGUACGCUUAAGUACUGUUGCAGAGCUUGAGAAUUAUGCCCGAGGAGGUGUCCUCGCACACGACAUCGGCUACGGCAAGACUAUAGUUACACUUGGUCUUAUUGAUUAUACAACCACUCCAAUGCAUGCAGAGUUUUCUAUUCUGGAGCGUUCCCAGUGGUUGGGAACCACGGCGUUCAUCCACAUCAAGGCCACUUUGGUCAUCGUGCCCCCUCACAUCGUGUCGCAGUGGGCCAAAGAAGCUAAGAGAUUUGUUCGUCAGCUCAGAGUUCUGGUGCUCACCAAAACGACUGAUAUCUCACGGGAGAGCAUGGAAGCAGCAGACAUCAUCAUUGUCAGCAGCACCCUGAUGUCUUCCGAGAAAAACAUUGACAAGCUCGCUGCAAUCGCCCAAAUGCCAUCAAUCCGUCAGAAGAGAUCGAACCGAGACUCCCAGGACUGGCAUUACGAAGUGGUUGAAACCAUCAAGCAUGCCGCCUAUGACCACAGCAACCCUGACAACCCGAACAAUGCGCAUGUCGAGGCGAGAAUUCAAGGCCGCCGCACCAUCAGCAAUGAUUGGGUCCGGAUGGCCGCGGCCAACACAGUGGGAGCUAGCGAUCGGAAGACGCAACAGACCGCCAAGGCGACACCCAAAAAGAAGAAGGGCAAGGCAGCAAAGCCCAAGGCGGCCGUCACCAUUGAUGUGAAGGAGGCGUUCCAGAAUGGCGAGGUACUUGAAAUGUACACUUACUGCCGCGUGGUCUUUGACGAGUUCUCGUAUGAGAACACAUCCGUUGCAACCUUCUUUCAGAACGCUGUCGCGUCCUCGAAAUGGAUCCUCUCAGGUACACCGCCUACCAUCAACCUCGGUCAGAUCUGCGAGACUGCGACGUUGCUCAAUGUUCAUGUUGCGCGACCGACACCAUCAAUGCCAGGAUUCUUCCCCAAUGUCACGGCUGGGCCCAAGGUAUCCGAACUGACUGACGCCGAAACAUUCCGCAGCUACACAGAGCCCUUGUCCGCUCAAAUUGCGGCCGAUCGCCAUGAGCAGGGACAGAAAUUCCUUCUUCACUACCUGCGGAAGAACAAGACGGAGAUUCAAGGUGUUGAAAUAACCGAGGUCGCCUGCUUGACUCCCAUGAACACUCAAGAAGCCUUGGUAUACAAUUUUGUACAGCAGGCUCUUCAUGAUGCCAAGUGGGACGUUGAUGGCAUGCCCUGUGGUCUUGAUACUUUCCUCCGCAUUAUCUUGAAUGAAGGAAUGGCCCAGAGCGCCGGUUCAAAGGUCAAGGCUGCCGGAAAAUCUAUCUGGUCGGAUGCGGUCGACGCGUUACUCCUCCUGUCUUCGUUGUCCGUUUCUUCCGGCCGAAAGGGCUUCGAGGGCAUGGGGUGGACAGAACCCAAGGCCAACUUGACUCUCGAGUGUCUCGGCAAUGAAGCGUCUGCUGCAGCUUGUGCUCACCUUGCCCGUUGCACCCGGAUUCUAGUAUCCCUCUUUGACAAAAUGAUGUACCUGGCGAAUAUGAUUUCCGAAGACGCUGAUGUAGGCAGUGGGAAAGCUAAAAAAGAUGCCUACUUCGGUCAUAUGGAGGAGAUCUUCGAUUUCAUGAGGAACACCAACGGCAACUCUGAUGAUAGUGCGUUCAUCAACUAUCUCCAUGAUGCAAUCGUCCACCGAAAAUCGAUCCGCUCGGAUUACAUCCCUACUCGAGAGAACUAUUGGGACUGCAAGUAUUGGUCCGAGUGGAUGGGUGGCCCUGGAACGUACAAUUCUGCCAAUUGGUGGCUUCUCGACUCGGAUCACGAUUUGUCUGAUGGUGAAUUGGACAGCUUGCAGAACCGGUGGGUUGGCUCUGGCGGUGGCCAGAUCGAUAACCGAGAGGCGCUCAUCGAGCUCAUCCGCCAAGAGCAGGACAGCCAGGAUAAAUGCGAGGAAAUGGCUUUGGCUAUCGGACUGAAGGAAACUGGCGACAUGGCGUCUCAACUUCAAAAGCAUCUCGAUGGAAAAGCGACCAAGGACGACUAUGAAUUCGGCAUUCAGAUUCCAGCUCACCGACCACAAAAGGGCAAGACGAUUAAACCGCGUGGACAGGGCAUUGACGAGACUUUAAACACUCUCAUCUUGGUUGUGCAAAGCGUCCAGGCUGGCAUCAAGCUCACGACGGAGGCGUGGCGGCGCUGUAUGUUUCUGAUGAAGUUGAACCAUGUUCUUCAUGGAAGCCAAAGCCCGCUGUCUGCCACCUGCAACGUCUGUGAUCGUGUUGCUGCCAACUCUGACAUGCUCCAUUCUAUUGCAUGCGGUCACUCGCUUUGCAAGGAUUGCUUUGGCGCUUUCACUGAGGCUGGGGGUCAAAUGUGCCCCAUGCAAAGCUGCAAGGCUUUCAGUCGCGGGUCAUUUGUCCCUAACGAGAUAUUUGCCACGCCCGCGAAUCUGCAGCACGAUCUUUCGGCCGUUCCCAGUGCCAAGGUAUCCGACAUGGACAACGUCAUGUUCAACAAUGUCCUUGAUGACGAGAAGGUCCUGAUCUUUGCUGCGUAUGCGGGCAUCAAGAAAGAGGUUUACAACUACCUCAUUCGCAACGACAACGGCUUUGCUGUUUACAUGACUGAUGGAGGCGAUCAGGACUCGGAUCAGAUUGAGGCAUUCAAGGCGCACCAUGGAAAGGCCGUUCUGAUCCAAAGCCUCAUGUCUUCGGAGUCCGCUGGCACAAACUUGACCGAGGCGAACCAUCUCAUAUUUGCCGGAGUUCUGUUUACAGACUCGGACAGCUACGACAUGUACAUGAGACAGGCCAAGGGACGUCUCAUUCGAUAUGGACAGAAGCGUCCCGUCUUCGUCUAUCACUUCAUCACCCCGGCUACGCUUGAAUUUGAUAUCUUUAACAAGCGUCAUGGCAACCGCAUCCGCAACUUUGGUGAGGAUGGACGCGUUCUUAUCCCGGUCACUGAGGAUGGAGAGAAGGAUCCGAGAUUCCCUCUCUAUUUUCGUCCAUACUUGGAGAUGGCAUCGGCUGAGAAGCUUCUACGCUCCGUGGAAUUCGAGGAGUACGAGAAGUGA